ACGCCCAGCAUCGUUGCUGAAAGUCGGCAUGGAUAGUACGUGGACCCACGGCGGAGAAGACAAUACCAAUUCGGAUCGUGCAGUGGGUGACAUUGUGGCGUUAUUUCCGCCGAAGUCUUCACCGGACGAGUUCGGCAUUUGGUAUCAAUGGGUCUGACUUUUCCCAUUACGAAUUCUGACGUCGGACACCGUGCAUGGCGGCUACAGAACACCCAAUGUGAGGUUCUUAUAGCCAGGCCGCACCCAUCGCGCAGCGUCCCUGGGAACCGUCUUCCGCUAAUCCAUUCUCACUUUCCUUCGCGUAGCGUCAUGGGACUCGACGCUCGUGGGAGUUUACUGCUAACGGACGUAGGGAUCGCCACUCCACGUAAAAGCGUUCUAUCAGCAGUCCGUCGCUCUAUAUCCGACCUGGUAUAACUAACCCGGCAUACUUCUUCAUAUAGCUCACAGUCUCUCCUCUGCUACUCAUCGGACUCGCUAGGUUUUCAUCUCUCCCAGAUGGCGCAACUCCCGGUGCUUGUCGCGUCGGCAUUCAUCUUGCACUUGUUAUGGCGGUUAUUACGAAAUUACUUUGUGAAAUCCCCAUUGGACGUGAUACCAGGCCCUCCUUCUGGGUCAAUCAUCGGAGGGAACAUGUUCCAAUUGCUGGAACAUAACAGCUGGGACUUCCACGAUCACCUCAUCCACACUUACGGGCCUGUAGCCAAAAUCCAUAGCUUCCUUGGUGCGAAGUGGCUCCAUGUUUACGAUCCGAAGGCACUGCAUAGCAUCUACUUGAAGGACCAAGACAGCUACUAUCGGGGCGAGCAGUCGGUCAGUGGUGUACGUCUCACUCUAGGGCCGGGAUUACUCGGAACUUCUGGUGCUCUGCACAAGAAGCAGCGCAAGAUGCUCAACCCCGUCUUUUCCGGAGCACACAUGCGCAACCUAACGCCGCUUUUUUAUGAUGUCGCUGGGAAGCUUCGAGUGGCCAUCGAGACUCGCGUGAAGGAGGGUCCCCGGGACCUCGACGUCCUUGGGUGGAUGGGUCGCACAGCACUUGAGCUUGUUGGUCAAGGAGGUCUGGGUUACUCCUUCGAUCCUCUGACUGCCGAGUCUCGCGACGAGUUCACAGAAGCGGUUAAAGCAUUCAUCCCCGCUUUCGCCGACUAUCCGUGGAUUCGAUUAAUCACUCCAUAUCUCUCCUACUUCGGCCCAGCCUGGUUCCGUCGCCUCCUCCUCAAUUGCUUCCCGAUCAAGGGCAUUCAUCGUCUGAAGCAUAUCGUAGACACUAUGCACAAGCGAUCGGAGGAGAUAUAUCAUGCGAAGAAGACCGCGAUUGAGAAGGGCGACACUGAUUUGCUGAACGCGGUCGGGGAAGGCAAGGACGUCAUGAGUGUUUUGCUGAGAGAAAACAUGAAGGCGUCUGCCGAGGACAGACUUCCGGAUAAGGAAGUCCUCGCACAGAUGGGGACGUUCAUCUUGGCCGGUGUCGAUACCACUUCGAACGUCCUAUCCAGAGUCUUGCACCUGCUUUCUCAGAACCAGGAUGUUCAAGAUAAGCUCCGUGUUGAGCUCCAUGCUGCACAAGAGCAGUACGGCAGGGACAUCCCUUACGAUGAACUAGGCGCUUUGCCAUACCUAGACGCUGUGUGUCGCGAGACACUCCGCCUGUGGGCCCCGGUGAAUCUCUCCAAUCGACAGGCAAAGGCCGACACCGUUCUCCCACUUUCUCAGCCUUUACGCUGUACUGACGGUACGGUCUUGACCGAGAUACCCAUUCCUAAAGGAACUAUGUUCUUCCUCAACCUGCGUGCAUGCAACACCUGGAAGGAACUGUGGGGCGAGGACGCCCAGGAGUGGAAGCCGGAGAGGUGGCUCAAGCCUCUGCCCAAGGCCGUGGAAGAUGCCCAUAUUCCGGGCAUCUACGCUCAUCUGGUAACUUUCAUCAGCGGUGGCCACUCUUGCAUCGGCUUCAAGUUCUCUCAGCUGGAAAUGAAGGUCGUCCUUUCCACGCUCGUGUCCAAUUUCAAGUUUGAGCUCUCGGGCAAACCAAUAAUUUGGAAUUUCGCGGGUAUCGCAUACCCGACUACCAGUCACGAAUCGUCCAGGCCAGAGAUGACCCUCAAGGUCAGCCUUGCGUCCCGGUGAUGCCGAGUGCAAGCCUGCAUCUAGUGAUCCAGAUGCGCCGUUUUCCUGUUGUAUACCGCUUUACGAGUGAUCAUAUAGCGAAUGCACCAAGUAUAUCACCGCUGGGAAUGCUGGAUUAAAUGGUCAUUAGCGUGAAUUUCUGCGUGGUCGGCUUUCUUGAUAUCUCAACAGCCGUGAUCAUCGCCAUUGCAGCCCUUUUCGACUCCACAGACAUUUUCGUUUGGUUACAGCACUCUCUUCUUGUCAUUUUGUUGCUCUUGCCACACUUCAUUUCCGGACAGCUUAGAAGAAUGUAAUACUCCGGAAUACUCCAUCAUUAUGACGGGCGAC